AACCGUGAUUAAUUAUGAACGGUUGGUUUCGUUCGAUCAAAUCCAGCAACUCAUCGCAAUCAUUCUUUGCUGCUCGGUUCGUCGUCCACCCAAAAAUGAUCGAAGAUUUCCCCAAUUUCGAUUCAAAUUAAAAAACCCUAACUUUGAUCUAGCUUUACAAUCUGUAAUCGCUCAAUGGAGCGCAUAAUUUCCUCUUAUUUGCUGCUCCUUUUGCUCACCUUUUCCUAUAUACAAGUCGAAUCUCGAGAGAAUGGGUACAUCACAGCGGAAAUUUCAAACAGAGGGCUUGAAUUUCUCAAGGAUUUGCUGAUACAAGAAGCGGAAUCUUCGUUAGUCCCACUCGAGCUGCCCAGGAUUGAGAAGGCGGUGAAAAUUCCGAUCAUAGGCAACGUCCAGAUUGCGAUUUCCAAUAUUGUUAUCGAAAGGAUAGACGUGACUUCGUCUACUUUGCAGACUGGAGAUUCUGGAAUCGUCAUCGACGUCGCUGGUGCCACUGCGAAUUUGAGUAUGAAUUGGGAAUAUUCGUACAGUACUUGGUUGCUUCCAAUUUCACUCUCGGAUAAUGGAAACGCUACUGUUCAGGUUGAAGGACUGGAAGUCGGUCUAACACUUAGUCUCGAGACUGUAGGGGGAUCAUUAAGGCUAUCUCCCUUGGAAUGUGGAUGCUAUGUUGGCGACAUCUCAAUAAGGUUGAAUGGAGGAGCAUCUUGGCUUUAUCAGGGAUUUAUAGAUGCCUUUGAAGGUAAAAUCAGUUCUGCUGUUGAAGAUGCAAUCCCUGAAAAGAUCAAAGAAGCAAUCGUGAAUCUAGACUCAUUAUUGCAAUCUCUUCCCAAAGAACUACCGGUAACAAAUAUUGCUGCAAUGAAUGUGACAUUUGUUGAUGAUCUUGUAUUGAAUAAAUCAUCGCUUCGCCUUAAAAUUGAUGGCCUAUUCUCUGAGACGCACAAAGUUGCACUUCCCACCUACCACCACAGGUUACUAUCAGCUUUAGUUUCAACUGACGAAGCUGAAAAAAUGGUCAAGAUAUCAGUGCAUGAAGAUGUGAUCAAAUCAGCAUCAGCCGUGUAUUUUGAGGCAAACAAGAUGGUUUGGACUGUCGAUAAAGUGCCUGACCAAUCACUCUUGAACACAGCUGGGUGGAAAUUUAUUAUUCCGCAGUUGUACAAGAAGUAUCCAAAUCACGAUAUGAAUCUGAAUCUUUCUGUAUCUUCUCUACCGACCAUAGAAGUUGAAGAGCAACAGGUCAGGGUAGUUGUUCCAUUAGAUGUGGUGAUUAAUGUUUUGGAAGCAGACGAAAUCAUACCUGUGGUGUGCAUUUCCACGGUGAUCAGUUCCUCUACGUCUGCUGAAAUUUCGAGGAAUGCUGUGGUUGGAGUCGCAAAAUUAAACAGCUUCACUAUGUCUCUUAAGUGGAGCAAAAUUGGCAGUUUGCACAUGCAUUUAAUCCAGACUCUAGUGUCGACGGUGAUGAGGACAGUGGUAUUUCCUUACCUAAACUUGCAACUGGACCAAGGAUACCCGAUUCCCGUCUUCCACGGCUAUACCCUCAAAGAUGCCGGAAUCCUCCUCACCGACAAUCAGAUUGUCGUGGGCACUGAUGUCGCUCAUGUCUGCUGAGCGACACUGUCCCGUUUAGUCGGUGUCUCUUAGCAGAGCCUUCGGCGAGAUCCGACCCUAAACUCAAUUGUUAACGGAAUCGUGGAUUGUAACAAUCCAUACAAAGGUUGAUUGGAUCAAGCUAUAUGUAUGUGUUAGUAGAAUGAGCCCUCUAUUGUGUAGCUGUAUGUAUUUAGGAAAUGUUAUGCACACUCAUGUGUUAUUUGGAUGUAAGAAAAUUGGGUUUCAUUUAUCAUCUAUGAUAAAUGGAUACAUACAUACCUAGAGAUGAAUCAUGGGAAAAUAUUGUUUAGUUUUAACACGUAUUUCUGUUAUUGAAUUCUGUACA